ACUGUGACUCAUCGAUAGACAAAUGGACGUUUAAAUAAAACACGUAAUUUCCAUCAUCACUUCACUCGCAUUAUCUGCUCGUAUUUAAGUGUUUGACGGCGAUCAGAAACCAAGUAUUUUCUCGUGCUAACAUUGUGUCGAAGUUUUUUUAUUGUGAUUUUGUAGUGUUAUUUGUAAUGAGUGGGGUUGUUGGUCAGAGAAAAAUCCCACCUGAUGGUGGUUAUGGUUGGGUUAUUGUGUUUGCUUGUUGUUUAAAAAAGUUCAUCAUUAUACCAAUCAUUUUUAAUUUUGGAGUGGUACUUCAAGAAAGCUAUGAUGAGACAAAUGUGUCCCCCACUGAAGGCAAUCAAGUUAUAGUGUGGCGUCACACUAUGGAAAUGCUGUUAUCGUUAUUCGGAGGCCCCCUACUUCAAAGUUUCACGUACAGGAAAGUCGCUAUGGCUGGAUGUCUUCUUGCAUCUUUUGCUCUCCUAUUAACCGCCACCGCGUCCAACUUUUGGCAAUUACUCAUUUAUUACGGUAUUAUAUUAUCUAUAGGCGAAGCAGCGUCGGUGCCAGCUUUCGAUUUGGCGCUGAAUUCAUUUUUUAAAGAGAAAAGAACAAGAGCUAUAGGCAUAGUUACAUUUUCUGCAGGACUAGGUCCUAUAGUAAUUCCAUUACUUAUGAGUAGCCUCUUGUAUUCAUAUGGUUGGCGAUACACAGUGUUCACCUUGAGUGCUCUGUCUUUACACUGUUUUUUGGCGUCGUGUUUACUCAGACCAAUUAAAUGGUAUACUAAGGUACAACCAGCAUUAGACUCAGGAAAUUCAUCGCCAACCCAGAAAAACGCAAAUGAAGAGAGGCAAGAAUCAUUAAUAUGUCUGAAUACAAAAUUACUAAAAAGCAAUACUGACCCGAUCCUAAACAAAGCGACAUCAUGUCCUAACAUUGUGAUUAUCAAAGCACAAGAAACACCCUUAUUAAAACCUCCGAACACAAAAACAUCAAGAAGAAGAUACGAAUAAUGUAAAAGAAAUUUAUGAAUUUCAAAAGGAAAGUAAUACGAAGAAAAUAGCUCAUAAGAUAAUUGAGUUCUUCGAUCUGACGCUUUUAAAGGACCCUGUAUUCGUCAAUAUAUUGUGCGGUCUGUGUCUAGGGCCGGCUACUGAGGUCAGUUUCACGCUUUUGCUACCAACUAUACUUAAAGACAUGAGGCAGUUAGAAGCAAGUGACAUAACUAAAUUGAUGUCUAUAAUAGCGUUUUCAGAUGUAUUGUUCCGACUACUUGGUCCAUUAAUCACAGAACCGUGGCACAAGCCGCCAAGAGUCGUUUAUAUGGUUUCUUUAUUCGCCUCCAUAUUAACACGAAUUGGUUUUCUCUUUGCGAAAACUUAUAAUGAGCUGAUAUAUGUGGCUCUAGCCAUGGGCAUAUCUAAAGGUGUAAGGAGUACAUAUCUCAAAGUAAUAUUACCGGACUACGUGCCUCUUAAAAGACUACCUCAUGCUUCCGGAAUAGUAAAAUUCUUCAGAGGAAUAACUAUUGCCAGUAUCGGUUCCAUUUCUCUUACUUUACGCGAUGCUACACAAUCAUACCACAUACCCAUUGUAAUUUUAAACAUCUUUACAAUGGUUACAAUCACGAUGUGGACAACCGAACUGCUAUAUUUAAAAUUUAAAAGACGUAAAGAUGGGACAGCAAAUCCUAGUUGAUAAAUGUAAUUCAUAAGAACUAUAUUCAAAAUGUAAAUAUUAAUAAAUACUGAAUCGACCUUGAUGAGAAGAGUGCAUUAAUCGAAUUAACUAGACCGAAGAAGUGGAUAUCCGCUACGACGCGGUGCGCACGAGUACGUUGACCAAUGACUUAGCCAAUGAUGUUAACGUUGCCGUCAAAGGCCGCGACAAUAAUAACGGGUCACAGAAGUCAGUUCGGACGCGCCUUCCUAAUACACGUGAACCGUGAUACAUUCAUUCUAUCGAAUGUGCGUCUAUUAUUUUUUUUUAAUGAUACUCGUAUGUGAUAUUAAGUGUUAAAUACAAUUUCUAGUGUAAAUGUUUUGUGUUAAUAGUGAAUAAAUUUAUUAACUUCUA